GAGAGGAGCCCUCCAAGGGGCCCAGAGAGCCUCAGAGCCCACGAGGCAGCCAAGGGAGAGGAGGCCUGAGGUGCAGGGUGAGCACCAGCCAGCCAUGGCCACAGCUGAGACUGCCUUGCCCUCCAUCAGCACGCUGACGACCCUGGGCCCCUUCCCGGACACCCAGGAGGACUUCCUUAAGUGGUGGCGUUCCGAGGAGGCACAGGACAUGGGUCCGGGUCCCCCCGACCACACGGGGCCACCCCUUUACGUGGGCAUGGAGUCGGAAGACCAGCCUAGGGAGAAUGAGGACAAUGAGAAGGACGCGGCCGCCGACUGGGACCUGAGUCUUUUGCUCACCAACUUUCCGGGCCCGGAGCCGGGCGGUGAGCCCCGGACCUGUGCUCUGACGUCCAGUGAGGGCCCCGGGGCGCAAUUCCCACCGCCGCCUGAGACUCUGGGCCCGUAUGCCGGCGGCUCGGAGUUUUCGGCUGGGCUCUUGGGCUCCGAGGAGCAGGCAGGCUGGAUUCGCCCUGCCCAGGGGGCGACAGCUCCCAACCCCUUAGUGGCACCAGCCCUGGCCCCGGCCCCCGAGCCCAAGGCACUGCAGCUGCAGCCAAUGUACCCAGGGUCAGGUGCGGGCUCCUCGGGUAGCUACUUCCCGCGGACCGGGUUUUCAGUGCCCGCGGCUCCGGGCGCCCCCUACGGGCUGCUAUCGGGGUAUCCCGCGCUGUACCCAGCGCCGCAGUAUCAAGGGCACUUCCAGUUCUUCCCCGGUCUCCCGGCGCCUUCGCCUGCCCCGGUCGCGACCCCAUCCUAUCUGAAUUGCCUGGGACCCGGGACGGUGGGCACAGGACUCGGGGGCUCCGCAGGAGACUCAGGAGUAACUACAGACGUCGCUCCAUCAAAGCGCAGUCGGCGCCCGUGGACGCACAAGAGGCAGGCUGCGCACACGUGCGCGCACCCGGGGUGCGGCAAGAGCUACACCAAGAGCUCCCACCUGAAGGCGCAUCUGCGCACGCACACGGGAGAGAAGCCAUAUGCCUGCUCGUGGGAUGGCUGCGGCUGGAAGUUUGCACGCUCUGAUGAGCUGACCCGCCACUUCCGGAAACACACAGGACUGCGUCCCUUCAGCUGCCAGUUCUGCCCGCGUGCUUUUUCACGCUCUGACCACCUAGCCUUGCACAUGAAGCGCCACCUUUAAGCCCUGCCCUGGUACUUGGAUCUUGCCGGGAACUGGGGAAUGUAAAAAGUGGAUCCAUGCAGGGUUGUUUUCCCAAGGACAGAGGACCCUUGUUUGGACUCCACAAAUCCACGGAAAGAUCAAGAACUGACACAGACAAACCUAAGGGAGUCUCCAACCAAAGGGAGCCACACAGAAAUAUCUAACAGUCACACAGACCCAGCGCAACAGACCAUCAAAUAAAUGGGACUCAGACCAGCUUGCAGGAAGCCCUGGACAGCGGGAGGUGGGUGGUGUGAGGUUUCCCAGAGACCUAGGGCCUGCAAGGGAGCUUCAUGCCAAUACUCCUGAAGCUCCACAUCAGUUGGGAAUGGUUAUGGGUCCUAUAAAAAUGCCCUUCCUAUAUAAA